GGAAGUCGCGCCCUCCCCAGUUACCCCGAUGCAGUCUCACGCUCACCGCCUGGAAGCCGAGAGCCGUCGCGAAGGAUGGCGAUUCCCAGGAACAACAUACACGGUUUGAUAGCAGCUACAUUCACCCCUAUGACAGCAGAUGAUGAGAUUAACCUACCUGUUAUUGGUCCAUAUGUCGAUUACCUUGUAAAAGUUCAGGGAGUUAAAAAUAUUUUUGUCAAUGGAACAACUGGAGAGGGCAUAUCUCUCACUGUUGAGGAAAGGAAAUUGGUUGCUGAAGAGUGGAUCAAGCAAGGAAAGGAUAAGUUGGAUCAGGUGAUCGUUCACAUUGGUUCGUUGAGUUUAAAAGAGACAAAGCAACUGGCGGAGCAUGCUGAAAAGCACAAAGCAUCUGGGAUCGCCGUCAUUUCCCCAUCAUUUAUCAAACCUAAAAACAUAGAUGCUUUGGUGAAGUUUUUACAAGAGGUGGCAUCUGCUGCACCAAAUCUCCCUUUGUAUUAUUACCAUAUCCCUGAAUUAACUGGAGUCUUCUUCAACAUGGAGGAGCUUUUGGAUGGGAUAGAGAAAAAGAUUCCAACAUUUCAGGGUCUGAAGUUCACCAGCAGUGACCUACUGGACUUCGGACAAUGUGUUUACAAGUACAAGGAUAAGUUUGCUCUCCUGUAUGGGAAAGAUGAGCAACUCCUUCCUGCGAUGGUACUGGGAGCAUCAGGAGGUAUUGGCAGCACAUACAACUACUUUGGGACUUUAUUCAAUAAGAUGCUAUCCGCUUUGAAGAAAGGAGACAAUAAACUGGCAAGACAGCACCAGUUCAAGGUGCAAGACUUCAUCAGGUAUCUGUACAAACUAGAGGCGGGGGUGAGUGAGAAUAAAACUGUGAUGUCUCUGGUCUCAGGUCUUCCCUUGGGACCUCCACGCCUGCCAUUACUGAAGUGCAGUCAGGAGAAUGCAGUGAAGCUUGAAGCUAAGCUGAAAGAGAUGGGGCUGCUGGCUUAACAACAUCAGAUGAUAGAUACAUGGAGAUAUUAAUAUUAAUGACUAUUAAUAUUAAUGGCUCACAAAUCGAUGUGUCUUUCCUUGCUCGCCCAUGAUAUCCUCCGGGACUUUCCCCUUUUUCAAACACCUCAAAUUUACCGUUCCUCCAACCUCUCCCUUAAAAUUCUCAUCAUCUCCUGUCCCAUCCCCCCAAGCCUUCCAUCACUUUCUUCUCUGACGUCUCCCUUCUAUCAUCUGGGGAGUUCGAUCCUUGCUUGCUCCAGAUGCCGAUUUCUCCUCUUCUUUCAACCUCUCCCUCCACAUCAACUCUGCAUCCCACAUUGAAGGCCACCUGAUAUUUCUCUAUGGCUUUUCCAACUCAGACAUCCACAUCACUGAUAAAGCCAUUUUGGACAACUAUUUUCCUCAACUCCUCCCUCCCGGCAACCCAAACCACUAGCAUCUCUUUCCGCCCCUAGAAUAAAAUUACCCCCUCCUCUGUUGCCAUUGAGUCAUCUGUACUCCUGUCCCAAUGGCAUUACCUCCUUGGUCACCCUCCUGCAAAAUUCCUUCACAACCAUUCUCAACACCCUCACUCCAUCACUUCCCUCAUCGCCUUCCAUUCCCACAAGUCCCUCUGGUACAACAGCCACCUCUGUUCCCUCAAUGGCAGGUACAUGGAUUGCACGCACCUGGCUUAAAUCCAACCUAAUGGCCCCACCUGACCUUCCAGCUACGUGAGAAAAGACCAGUCAUUUCAUGUUUAUUUUUAAUUGCAUUUUUUAAAAACGCAUUGGAUUCUAAAUGAUGAGUAAGCUCAUGCUGUAAUUAUCUCAAAUAGAACCAGUUCAGAUGUAGCCUGAGGCUGCUGGGUGUGAAACUUAUGUUUCUCUAACCCCCUGUGCCAAGAUCAGUUCAGGCAACAAUCGCCCAAACACUGCUGUUGUAACAUUUGGUUGUCAAGAGGCUGAGUAUUCUCGUGUGAUGUUACGCUGAUGUCUUUCCGAGUUCAGAGCAAAUAUGGGCCAAACAAUCAAUGUUGGAAAGAGGUAGCGCACGAUACUAGACUCAGGCAAAAAUAUAUUGACAUGAAAUCUGGGGGUGUGUGGAGGCUAUGAGACUUUUGUAGGUUUGAAUGAGAUACUUGCUGAAGCCCGGGAGAGUGUUCUCCAAAAACUACAGAUGGAUUUUAAUGAUGUGUUUUGUUUAAUAGAUAAUUACAGAUUUGGGGGGAAAUAUCUUUAUUUUUAUCAUAAUUAUUACUGGUGAUAAUUAACACGUCCUAAACUGUAGUUUGCACCCCUAUAACUACAGCUACUAUAACGGCAAUAUAAAUUGCAUGCAUUCUGUAUUUAUAAUAAUAAUCCUUGUAUUUGAUAUAGCGCCUUGUCACUUCUUCGAGAUGUCUCAAAGCAUUUCACAGGAUAUACUGUAAAGUGGAUUGUCUAAGUAUUUUGUGGGCAAAACACGACUGCCAAUUGCGCACACUGUCAUCAUAGAUUGAGUGACCAAAUUAUUUUCUUGGAGUGGGAUUAUUAUUGUUUCCAGCUCAGAUAUCUGGGAUAAAUGGCUUAUCAAUGAAGAAUGAGAUCAAAUGGGCUGAAGGGCCUUCUUCAUUUGAAACCAUCUUGUGACCUUGUGAUCUCAUUCUUGUAAUCUCUACCUGAGACCUUGUGAUUUCAUGACUUUGUGAUCUUAAAGGACAUUUUCAAUUUCAUCUAAAACCUAAAUAAAAAUGCUCUGCACUGAAA